AUGGAAAAGAGAAAGGAUCGUCUUGGCAUAAAGCAAUUAGUAACAGCAGCCGCUGAUUUAUCUCAUCUUGCUAUUGCUACAACAUCAAGUAAAUUUUCAUCAUCUUCAAGUUUUUAUCCGUCAGCUGUUUUUAUUGCUUCGUCAAACCCGUUAAAUGAAGUUUGCACACUUGAUAAAUAUAAUUGGUUUCUACAUAGAAUGUAUACUCGUGGAGAAUAUGAUCGUAUUCAACAAUUUAUACAUAUUCAAUCGCAUAAAAGUACUUAUAUGACAUAUGUUCAAGCACUUGUUCAUCGACAAAAAGGACUUAUUGUUGAAGCACUUGAUUGUUUUCAACGCUGUGCUAUUGAAAGUCCAUCUUUAAUAAAUAUAAAGCAAGUAGCUAAAUCAUUAGCAUUACUCCGACGCUAUCGAUUAGCAAUCGAUGCCUAUAAAGAAGCAUUAACAUUGACAACAAACGAUUGGGAAAUCUUGCACAAUUUAGGUUUAUGUUAUACGCAUUUAAAUGAAUUAAAACAAGCAAAAGAGUAUUUUUUACAAGCCUUACAAGUCACAGAAAUACAAGAUGCAUCGUUUUUAGCUCUUGGUAAAGUUUAUCUCUUAGAAGGUGAACGGACUGAAGCUGAAGCACUUUAUGAACAAGGUGUUAGACGUAAUCCUGAAUCAGUUGAACUCUAUACUCAACUUGGUCUUGUGGCAUUUGAAAAAGCAAAUUAUACAAAAGCAUUCGAAUGUUUUGGUACAGCAUUAACAUUUAGUCCAACGCAUACACCUGCUAUAAUGGCUGCUUGUCAAGUUAUACAAAAGCAUGGUGAUGCUGAUGUUGCCCUAUCGAAAUAUCGCAUUAUUUAUAGACGAAAACCUGAAUGUGUACAAGUAUGGAAUAAUAUUGGCAUGUGUUUUUUUUCGAAAAAGAAAUUUGUUGCUGCUGUUAGUUGUUUAAAACGUGCAAAUUAUUUAGCACCAUUUGAAUUAUAUGUUUUAUAUAAUUUGGCACUUGUACACUUAUAUUUACAGCAAAAUGCAUCAGCUGCCAUAUUUCUAGAGUCAGCUAUUAGAAUUAAUAAAAGGCAUGCGCCCAGUUAUACUUUACUAGGUAUUACUUUAUCGAAAUUAAACGAUUUUAAUAAUGCUUUAAAAUCUUUUAACUAUUCUCUCAAAAUUGAUCCAACCGAUCCAAUAGCUUUACUCAAUUUAGCUAUUCUUGAAGCCAAUACAGGUGUUUCACAAUCAAAAAUUGAUAAAACUCUAAAACAAUUUCAUCAAUAUUAUUCUCAACGAGCUACUUCAAUGAGUCAAUAUGAACUCGAUACAUCUAUGUUAGAUAUUGCUGCACAAUUAGAAAGUCAAUCGCAAAUAUCUAUUCAAAAUAAUGAUGAAAGUUUAACAUCAACAUUUACAUCUAGAGAACCACUUGAUAAUAUGAUCCAAUGA